AUGUCUUUCCGAACAUCAGGAAAUUUUACGGUAGCAACAAUCCUCAUGUUACUGGCAGGAGCUCAGUCUCAGGAGAGUGUAACUCUCUCCUCUCAGAGCCUCUGUGCUCUUACUGGAUCUGAAGUACAAAUCCCCUGCAAAUAUACAUCUAGUUCCUCCAGUGUCAGAGCGAGAGAGUGGUAUCAGGUCCAGAGAUCUGAUGGAGAACCACAAGACCUGAGCAAAGACCCUCAAUACUUAGGACGAGUUUCUAUAAGCACAUUGUGGAAUGACUGUACACUGAUAAUGUACAACGUGAAAGUAAGUGACUCUGGAGUUUAUAACUUCAGAUUUAGAACAUGGAGUAGUGAAUGGAUAUCUGCUUCAUCUGGACUUACUCUCACUGUUACAGACCUGCAGGUGAAGGUGGAUCCUGAGACUGUAGGACAGAGAGAGGUGAAACUCACCUGUAGCUCCACCUGCAGCUUCAGCAAGACCCCUCAGUACUACUGGUACAGGAAUGGACAGUACAGGUCAUAUAGAAAUGAUGCCUCCAUUAUGCUCCACUCCACCAGUGUAUCUGAUGAGGGCAGCUACUCCUGUAGUGUGUAUGGCAGCAGACAGCACUCUCCUGCAGUGUGUGUUCUGGGUAAACAGUGUUGGGGUGUGACUUACACUCCUAAACAUGUGUGUGCUCUGAAAGGCUCAUCUGUUGAUCUCUUCUGCUCUUAUAAAUACCCUGGAGGACACACAGUGACAGAAUCAUUCUGGUUCAUUACAGAGCAGCAGGUUGGUAUUGAACCUGUGGAUGUGAGAGUGGAAGAGGAGUAUGAGGGGAGAGUGCAGUAUAGACAGAGUUCCCAGAAUGACUGUAGUAUGACAAUCACUCACCUGAGAGAGAGUGACGCUCACACAUACAGGUUCAGAUUCCACACUGAUAGUACUGCGGGGAAAUACACUGGACGUCCUGGAGUAUCUCUCUCUGUCACAGAUCUGAAGAUUACAGUAUCAGACAGAAGUAGUCGAAAGCACCUGAUCUGCAGCUCCACCUGCACGCUGCCCAACAACCCCACCUACAUCUGGUACAGGAAUGGACAGCCUGUAUAUAACCAGAACACUAAUGGACUGUAUGUGUAUGACAGUAGUGAGGAUGCAGGCAGCUACUCCUGUGCUGUAAGAGGAUAUGAGGAGCUCCGCUCUCCUGCUGUCUACCCUCCCAGAGUCCCGUCUGUUACUGACCGUGUGUCUGGUGACUCGGUGAUACUGCUGUGCUACAGUGACUCCAACCCCAUCAGAACAAGUGGACGUUUCUACUGUGUGGUGCAGAAUCAAUUUGGAUCAUCUAACUCAUCAGAAUGGUCAUUUACUUCAGGGAACCCAGCUGGGACAUACGCAGCUUCUGGAGUCACUGUGGGUUUGUUUCUGACUCUCAUUGCUGUCUGUCUAUGGAUGAGGGGGCGAACCACAGCUGUCAGCAGCAGGAGUGAGGAGACCAGCGCAAAACAUGAUUCUACUCCUGUAGAUGAUAACUUUUCAGCCUUGGACAUGCCCUCUGACCCCACAAAUCACGACGUUCACUACUCCAACAUUAAUUUCACACGCUGCCACACACAGGAAGUAUCUCUCUACUCUACUGUCCAACUAACAAUGGCUCUUAGUCAAGAAGAAGAAGUCGAGUAUGCCAGAGUGAAUUUCUCUGCCUGCAAGGAUGAAACCCACAUCUACAGCACAAUCUCAAGAACAUGAGAAGAAAAUCCUCCACCAACCAUCAAUCUCCAGUCCUGCGUGAAAAUGAGAAAAGUGCCAGCAGUCUUCCACCUCCUCCAAACACAUAUGAAAUUGGUACAAACUACAUUUAAAAUCUUGCUGGUGAUUUUGAUUUAUUUUAGGGAUCAGUCAGGCAGGGUAUUAUUACCAACUGGACCAAGAUACACAUUAUAAAAUGUUUAUGACAUUAUAUUAUGUAUCAUUGAUUACAUUUAGCCACAGAUUGUUUACUACUGCAAGAAGGAUGGUUAGAAACUCUGCAUGUUAUAUACAUAUACAAACAUGUCAUAAACAUGUAUUUCAUGUCAUAGACAUGUAGAAUAAUAAUGAUACACCAGCCCACAGUAACAGGACAGACUUUAAUUCACUUCACUGCAUUCAAGGAUCUCGGUUCUCUUUGUAAUAUUACCACACAUGAAGAUGUUCUCUGCAGUGCAGUGACCAGUGUCUAAUGACCACUGUACAUACACAGUACUGCAUAAUUCACUGUCCAUGACAUUAUGAUGAUAUUUCCCUACCAUUGUUUCAUUCUCAUUGAUUAGUUUUUAGUACAAUAUGGUAUCUUGAGAGGUGACUGGCUAGAAUGAAUGUCCUUGAAGGUUUUAAUUUUAAUUAUUUAUUCAGACAAAUAUUUUUAACACAGCAUUCCCAGGUCACAGAGUAACAUUCCCAGGUCCCAGGUCACAGAGCAGGGGGUCUAAUAGCCUUCAUUCUUGAAUCCUGUACAACAAGUGACUGUUCCACUUAGAGUUGUUGGGUAGCUGAACACUGUACUUUAAAUUCAGAACGAGAGAUCUAAAUCGUCCUUUCACCCAGUCGGCCCUGGAAACAGAACUCAGCACAGAUGUAAUGGCACGAUCUACUCACUGGGUGGCAGCAGCGAUGUGAUAAGACCCUCAAAGCCGAUUGUGCAGAGCGUGCCCCAUAUGGAUAAGAUUUAACAUUUGCUUGUUUAUAUUACAGUACAUUUUCCAUGGCUACUCUGUAUUUGCACCGAAGGCAAAGUUACAUUAU